UCUCCCGAUCGCCCGGAUGAAAGAUGGCGGCGGAGAAGCGGCGGUUGGUGGCGUCACUACCGACGGAGCUGAGGAUUUAGGAGCCGUUGCUGUGGACGGAGAGACGGGGACGUAUGUGGCUAUUGAGGUCAGCCCCCUCACAUCUGCCCGGUGUGCGGGCUGAGCUUCGAUGGAGGACCACAUGACGGGGCACAUCAAGGAGAAGCAUUAUGAGUGUGACGUGUGUGGCAAGGCCUGGCAGAAGCCAAGCCUGCUGGAGAGCCACCGGCGGGUUCACACGGGAGAACGUCCUUUCGAUUGCUCUGAUUGUGGCAACAGCUUCACCAGCUACAGCAGUCUGCGGCGGCACAACCGCGUGCACUCCGGAGAGAGACCCUUCACCUGCUCCGCCUGCGGCAAGAGUUUCAAGACAGCGCAGGUCCUGAAGCUCCACCGGCAGGUGCACACGGGCGAGAGGCCCUAUGGCUGCUCCACCUGCGGCAAGAGCUUUUCCCGGUUGUCGGGGCUAUGGCAGCACCGGCGGGUGCACAGCAGUGAGCGGCCCUUCACCUGCUCCGACUGCGGGAAAGGCUUCAAGUCGUCGUCGGAACUGAAGUUGCACAGGCGCGUGCACACCGGGGAGCGGCCCUACACCUGCAGCGAAUGCGGCAAGGGCUUCACCCAGUCCAGCAAGCUGCUGGAGCACCAGCGCAUCCACACCGGGGAGCGCCCCUACACUUGCAACAACUGCAGCAAGGGAUUCACCCACUACAGCAGCCUGCUGGAGCACCAGCGCAUCCAUACCGGGGAGCGCCCCUACACUUGCAACAACUGCGGCAAGGGCUUCACCCACUCCAGCAACCUGCAGGAGCAUCAGCGCACCCACAGCGGCGAGCGCCCCUACACCUGUGCCCAGUGCGGUAAGGGCUUCACCAGCUCCACCAGGCUGCUGUCCCACCUGCGCACCCACACCGGCGAGCGCCCCUACACCUGCAACAACUGCGGCAAGGGCUUCACCCACUCCAGCAACCUAGUGGUGCACCAGCGUACCCACACCGGCGAGCGCCCCUACACCUGUGCCCAAUGCGGCAAGGGCUUCACCAGCUCCUACAGGCUGCUGUCCCACCAGCAGGUGCAUGCCGGCGACUGUCCCGUCCCCAGCCCAGUGUGUGGAGAGCUCUUUGCCAUGGCCUCCCACGCCUUGUCUCACCAGCGCGUGCACACCAGUGGCCUGCCCUACGACUGUCUGUACUGCGGUGAGGCAUUUCACACCUCGCAGGGGUUGCAGCAGCACCAGCGGGCUCACACCAGCAAGCAGCUGCUCCCACUGUGGCAAGAGGUUCAAGAGAGCACGGGGGCUGCGGGAGAACCAGCGGAUACACACCAGAGAGAGACCCUUUGAGUUCACUGAGUGUGGCAAGGGUUUCACCCACAUGUCCAGCCUGUGGCAGCACCGGCAUACCCAUAGCAGUGAGCGUCCCUUCCCCUGCCUGUCCUGUGGUAAGGGCUUCACCCGCCUUGACCACCUGCUGGAGCACCGGCGAGUCCACACCGGCCAGCGCUCCUUUACCUGCCCGCUCUGGGGCAGGGCCUUUGCCCGCUCCUCCAGCCUGCUGGCACACCACGACGUGGAUAGGCGCUGUUUAGGUAGACACAAAAUGCUGGAAGGAAUGGGUAAUGUUUCAGGUCCAGGCCCUCUUCAGUUUCGACCCGAAAUGUCACCCAUUCCUUCUCUCCAGAGAUGCUGCCUGUCCCGCUGAGUUACUCCAGCAUUUUGUAUCAUUUUUUGUAAACCAGCAUCUGCAGUUCCAUGUUUUUAAACCAUUCUGGGAAACCACUCUGCACCUUCCCAAAGCCUCCACAUCAGUCCUGUAAUGGAGUGACCAGAACUGUGUGCAAUACUCCAAAUGCUACCUGACCAAUGUCCCUUAAAGCCCCACUUAUACAUUACUUGUACCCAAAUUCUCUCCACAGUCUUUCUUCAUAUGAAAGUCCUGCCAUCCCAGGAAUCAGUCUGGUGAACCUUUUCUGUACUCUCUCUAUGGCAAGAAUGUCUUUCCUCAGAUUAGGAGACCAAAACUGUACGCAAUACUCCAGGUGUGGUCUCACCAAGUACAACUGCAGUAGAACCUCCCUGACAGAAAUGUAUAGCUUCCCCCCUCACCACUUCUACUCCGUCCCUCUCCCACACCCCCUCUCUCACACACACUCCAUAUAACCAUAUAAUAAUCACAACAUGGAAACAGGCCAUCUCGGCCCUACAAGUCCGUGCCGAACAAUUCUCACGCACACACACACUCCCUCUCUCACACACGCCCUCUCUUUCUUGCUCUCCCUCUCACACACUCCCCCUCUCUCUCAUACACACACUCUCUCUCUCUCUCACACACACUCCCUCUCUCUGCCUCACACACCCUCUCUCUGUCACACACACUCCCUCGCUUCUCUCACACUGGCACUCUCUCGCUCCUUGUAUCUAGACUAGGUGUGCAUUUCACCUUACACUUGUGCUCGGUCCACCAAGGCCUGCUGAAUCUCCUGCCAGUCAACCAUUCCCACUCCCCUUCCCACUCCCACACUGAUCUUUCUGUCCUGGGCCUCCUGCAUUGCCAGAAUGAGGUGACGCACAAACUGGAGGAACAGCAGUGUCCAGACCCGACACGUCGCCUGUCCAUUCCCCUCCAAAGUGCCGGUAUAACUCAACAAGUCAGCCAUCCUUGGUGGGAAACGGAUGGAGAAGUGUUCCUAACAUAAGCCCUCCUUGGUCCAGUCGAGGAGCAGACAGUCAGCAGUACCAGCAUCUUCUCAUUCAUACUGUAUCCAAGUGAAAAUGCAAAAGUGAGCCAAGCUGCACACAGCCGACAGCUCACAGUGCCAGCUGGCUGCCACUGGCCCAAAAACGUAAAGGCAUUUUAAAGUGUUUUUUUCAAAAGAAAGUCUUGACACAUUUGUGCAUUACAUAACAAAUAAAGCUAGUUUUUCCUGA